CUAUCUUUAACAAUUUCACGUUUUGUGAAGGUUGUAGCUUCUCAAGACUGGCCGGAGGUCACCAAGUAUGUUGGAUCAGUCCGGCCACAAGCCCAUCGUGAAGAGAUUAUACAGUGUCUCUUUAACAAAAAUGACUGUAAAAGUGGAUGUAUACCUGGCGGAAUGAUCAAAACACUCAUUUCUUUCAUGAGGGCGACUGGACAUAUACCUGGGAGGAUCAUAUUCUACAGGGAUGUUGUAAGCAAAGAAAAGCUCAAUCAGGUUCUUGAGCAUGAACUUUCUGCCAUUAAAAGGGCAUGUGCUUCGGUGGAUCCAAUUUAUAAUCCACAAGUUACCAUUAUUAUGGUUCAGAAACGUCAUCACACAUGUUUGUUUUCUGAUAACUAUGGCACUGCAAGAACAGUUUACCGAAGUGGAAAUGUAUUGCCGGGUACUGUGGUUGAUAGAGAAAUAUGCCAUCCCACCGACUUUGACUUUUACUUGUGUAGCCAUGCUGGCACUAAGGGAGUUAGCCGGCCUGUACGCUAUCAUGUUCUGUGGGACGAGAAUAGCUUUACGGCUAAUGCUAUCCAAAAUCUCACAAACCAUCUAUGCUCCUCGUACGCGAGGUGUACCUCCUCUGUUUCUGUAGUGCCUUCGGUCUACUACGCCCAUCUUUUGGCAUCCCGUGCUCGGCUUUAUACCAAACCAGGGGAUACAGGCGAGCUGUCAUUCCCUGAGAUCAAAGACAAUGUGAAAAACAGUGGCAUGUUCUUCUGCUAA